AGUACAAUCUGGGUUUUUUGAUUCGGUUUGCCUCUAUACUGGCUUGCCUCCUGGACUAGUCCUAAUCCCUGGAAGCCACUCACACAGUGAAGCAGAAAGUGUUCCCCUUACCUCUCACACUUUAUCCAUCACUGCCACCAAGUUGGGCAACAGUAGCCAUAGCAGAGCCAUCUGGACUAGGGCACCAGAGAUCCUAGGACCAAGGCCUGUUUUCGCGGGUGCUUCUCAGGCACUUUUCUGCUUCCCACACAAAUUUAUUUUCUGAACGUUCUCCCAAUCUGCCUGGCCUCACCUCAGAGUUUUGCACGUCACCCUAGAGGCAAGGGCCAACUCACACAGGUAGUUAGUUAUCCAGCUGUUGGGCGGCUCCUCUGGCCCCGCCCCCAUCAUGUGGCCCCGCCCCGCUGACGGCUCGGCCCUCCACCGAUUCUGCAGCCAUGGUUGUGCUCAAGGGCAUCCCGACGGUGCUGUCUCCUGAGCUGUUGUUCGCGCUUGCGCGGAUGGGGCACGGAGACGAGAUUGUCCUUGCAGAUGCGAACUUCCCUACGUCCUCCAUCUGCCAGUGUGGGCCUAUAGAGAUUCGAGCAGACGGCCUGGACAUCCCACAGCUCCUGGAGGCUGUGCUGAAGCUCCUGCCGCUGGACACCUAUGUGGAAAGCCCGGCUGCUGUCAUGGACCUAGUGCCCAGUGACAAGGAGAAGGGCCUGCAGACCCCGAUAUGGGACCAUUAUGAAUACCUUCUCCUCAAAGCUGACUGUAAGAAAGCCCUGAGGAAGAUAGAGAGAUUUGAAUUUUAUGAACGUGCAAAAAAGGCAUUUGCUGUUGUUGCCACCGGGGAGAUGGCACUCUAUGGAAACAUCAUCCUCAAGAAGGGAACUCUUGACCUCGGACCCUCAUAGAGACCACUGCGGGCUGAUGGCUGGCUAUGCCUGAACCCAAUCAGCACAGCUUCCCAUGGCAGCAACCAGACCUGGACAUCAGCCUCGGGUUCAAGAAGAUGGCAGAUCCUAAGAGACUCUGCUGACCCUGACAGAUUCCCUCCUUCCACGAUUUGUGAAAUCAAUGGGGGAGGGAGAACAGUCAUUGUCUGAUCUUUAAAGGUUUUGUACUCGUAAACUUGUCUUGUGGUGAGCUCCAUGGAUGCCACUAGCUCCCAAGUAAACAUCCUCUACCCAUCCUUGAUAAAUCCUCAGUCAGAAAAUCCACAUGGAAGUGAAGCGUGGGGCUGGUGUGAGGGCUGGGAGCUGGGCAGGAGCUAAGCCUGGGUAGGAACCUGGGAGCUGGAUUGGGUCUGUGGCUAUGGCCUGGGCCUAGGCCAAGGGCUAGGCUAGUAGUUGACGUUGGGUAAAGUGCACAGCAGGGGACUGGAGCUGGUUGCACUGGAUGCUUGUAUCGGGUGGGAGCUUCUGCAUUACCCAAUUGGAAUGCAGUACACACUGGGUCUUUUUUUUUUUUUUUUUUUUUUUUUUUGGUUCUUUUUUUCGGAGCUGGGGACCGAACCCAGGGCCUUGCGCUUCCUAGGCAAGCGCUCUACCACUGAGCUAAAUCCCCAGCCCCCACACUGGGUCUUUAUUAGGGCUAAUCUCUGAGCUCCAAGCCAGAGGUCAAGUUGAUAGAGCUGGGCUGGAUAUCUUAGAUAGAAGGGCUCUGACACUCAGAGGUGAUCUGUCACUCAGAGAUGAAUGCUCAGCUGCUAGGGAACGUAUACUGUCCUCUCUGGUCUCGGGGUCAGAGGUCUGGGUAUGGGCUGAUGUUUGGUAAGUUCAGCACCUACUACCUGUGCUAUGUUAGGCCCAGGAGCUCAGACGCAACCUGGUUGCUCCCAGCCUUGAACCCUCAGUUGUCCCACGAGGUAAAGGAACAGCUGGGGCUCAGUGUAGACAGAAAUAGGAAGAGGGGAGGAACCUAGGCAGUCAGCAAACAGGUUCCCUACUGAGUGCUUGGGCUGCAUCUCCAGCCCUUGUCUGCAGACUGUUGGGGAAUGUUCGGAGUGGCUUUGCCUGUACUUGCCAAAAGGGGCAAACAACAGUCCAGCGAGUGAGUGGACAGGCCCUUCGGUGCAGUUAGUGUUCUUGUCCCUCCAGCCCCAGUUACGUCCUUUAGGAGGAAAUAGCCACAGAGGUUCCUGGCUCAGGCAAAGCUAGAAAGAAACCUGGCCACAGUCACCAUCCUGGACCAGUAGAUGCUUUUGGUGCCAGUCACACACCAGCAUCUUGG